AUGGUAUAUUUUUCUCUCUUUUCUUGCCAUCCAGGCAACAUUAUCACCUUCCAAUGGGAACGACCCCUUAGCGAGCUACUACAUGCGAAUGCAGAAUUUGAAGAACAUCCGAUCGAGUGCCUUCGCUCCUCCGAUUCUUCAGCUCAAACAAAAGAAACAGAGUUAGAAAACACCCGUUCUUCGAUUGUAGAAUCAUCCAGUCCUGCUGCUACUCCUGCUGCGGCUGCUCCGCUCACACCUGAAGAGUGCUUGUCGCAGCUGGACAUUCGUGUAGGUCGCCUCGUAAAGGUUUGGAAUCAUCCCGACAGCGAUAAGUUGCUCUGCGAGCAAGUGGAUGUUGGAGAAGGAGUUCCGCGCAGUAUUGGAUCGGGUAUCCGCGCGUUCCAUUCGGCAGAGGAGAUUCAAGGUCGUUUAGUGUGUGUGAUGUGCAAUUUGAAGCCAAAGAAGCUGGCUGGAUAUCCGUCGAACGGAAUGCUGCUCUGUGCCUCCGUGAAAGACCACUCGAAAGGUGCGCUGAUAGAUCCCCCCGAGGGUAGUGAAGUGGGAGAGCGCGUCUGCUUCGCAGGGAUUUCAGGGAAUGCGGCAGCGCCGAGCCAGGUACACAAGAAGAAAAUGCUGGAGACUGUGCUUCCGUACCUCCAUACGAACAACGAAGGCGUUUGCUGUUUUAAAGAGAUCCCUUUUUCCACAUCGCGGGGAGUGUGUACCUGCAAGAGCUUUCCAAACGAAUCGGUGUCGUGA